AUGAAAUUUAAAGUUUUUGGAACCCUGUUUCUUCUGAUUCAAUUUGUAGCUGCUGCUGUGACGCAGGAGGAGUUAGAAAUAAACGGCGAGGCAAAACAAACAGGGAUCGUUGUUGAUCAAAUUCGUCUAAAAAGACAGCAGAAUGGAUAUGGAAUGUGGAAUAAUGGCGGAGGAGAAGGAGGGAAUUUUCCAAUGGGCAAUUGGAAUGGACCAAACUCCAAUGGAUUCGGUGGUCCGCAGCCACCUCCACCGGAUGAUACUAUAAAAGGAAGCAUCGGAACGAAAGAAGAGAAACCAACAGAAGAAAACUCAAAAAAUGGGCAGAUUAAUGGAGAGGGUCAAGAACCUUGGUGGCCCAAUGGCAAUAGUCCGAGUGGUUACAAUGGUCCCCAACCAGGUGGAAACUUCCCAAAUGGCAAUGGGUACAACAACGGACCAAACCCAUUCAAUGGUGGAAACGUUAACUCGAAUGUUGACGACGGAAUCAAAGGAAGUGUAGGAGCAGCAACGGAACCUACCAAGUCUCCAAACCAGCCAAAUGGUUAUGGUUACGGGAACCGUGGUGGUAAUGGAUAUGGAAACAAUUUUGGGUUCAAUCGUAUGGCUGGUGGAGGAGGUUAUGGAAAUAACUUUGGACGUCCAAUUCUUCCACGCGGUGAACGAUUCUUCAGAGGAGGUUCCCGUAUGAGAUAUUGA